AUGGAUCCCGCCACUACCAAGGUCAUACUUGGGCUCCAUCGCGAGGACCUGAACGCCGCUCUCCAGAGUCUGUCUAAGACCAGCCAUGACGACCGCGAAGGGGCCGCUUUCGCCGCGUUCCGCGAUCAGCUACUGGGGGAGUGGAACAAGUUACACGAUGCAGUCUUUACGCUCAUCAUCGUUCGGGAGGACAACGCUGUUCGAGAGGCCUUUACGCAGCACUCGGGUGAAGCGCAGCAGGCUGAUCGCAACUACGAGAUGGCUUGCAAAUUUGCAGGUCUGCCGGUGCCUCAACGCCCUGCGGUAUCGAACGAUCACGGAGCACACAGAAUCGCAGCAGAUAAGCAGUCCGAAGGCGUGAACGGCAGGACACUCGCUCAAGAAGCUCCCCGCUUCAGCUCCGUUGGGACGCAAACGGCACCUACCAAGACCAAGCCUCCUGCCGGAAACAGCUGGUGGCCCGCCUUGUCAUUGAACAGUUUCAAGCGUGCGCGCGUUGAAGAUGCGGAUGAUGGAGACAAGAACUCAUUCACACCAUACACGCAUGAAUCUACACUCAAGAAACGGACCGCCUGCGUUGAGCCUGCAGCACUUAGGGAGGAAGAUGACGGGCGAACCAAGCGAACCAAGCUUGGAUCAGAGGCCAGCACUACUCUUACCAAUGCUACCGCCAAUGUCGCCUCGUCCGGCACAAUCGGCAAUGAAGAUCAUGGUCUCCCUGCAGCCGGAUCCGGCACUACCAUGUCUCGCAAAUGUUCUGCGUGCUUGGACAUGCACCCCAUCCGAGACACAAUCCAGCUUCAAUGCAAGAACACUGGUGACGCUGAGGCUCAUGCAUACUGCCGCGAAUGUCUCAUUCACCUCUUCGAGACUUGCAUUACAGAUUCUUCGCAAUUCCCACCGCGAUGCUGUAAUCAGAUAUUACCGGUCGUUGCCUGCAUCCCGUAUUUGCCGCCUGCGCUCUUCGCUCGAUUUGUGGCCAAAAGAGAAGAACUGGAGACAUCAAACCGAACGUAUUGCAGUAACGCUCUCUGCUCACAAUGGAUCAGACCUGUCAACAUCGUAGCAAACAUCGCGACAUGCCCAACAUGCAUCCACAGAACCUGCGAGACUUGCAAACGUGGGCAACAUGAUGGUCUUUGUCAAGACGAUACGGAUGUGAAGAAGCUCAUGGAUGUGGCCAAGGAGAAGCAAUGGCAGACUUGCCCCAAUUGCAACGAGAUGAAUGCGCGCCGCAUUGCUGAUACACCAGUACCCGCCAACAUUGCCGCUCCAAACGUUGUCAUUCCUGCGAAUAUGGCACCGCCCGUACCAACGUUCUUUGCUGCAUCAGUGGCCGCCAACAAUUCUCCCAUCUACCCUGCAAAUCCCGCUCACGUCGUGCCUUCUCCUGUCCCACCGUUUGGCUUUGCACCAGCAGUGUAUGCCCCAGUACCGAACGCUCCCGUCUUUCAGCCUCAGCUACAUGCCCCAGUACAAUUUCAAUCCUUCGGUCAGCAUCCGCAGCAACAACGACUACCCGAGGCCGGCAAAAAUGGGCAGAAAUAUGGCCACCCGAAGAAUGACCACGAGUUCAAACGAUUAUACAAGAGUAAGGGCGUCGACACCAAAUGUCAAAUACUACCUGCGUAG